CAGAAGAUACGUAGAUGCAAAGCUGCAUGGCUCGGAUUGCGGAGGAUGCUGGAGAACAAGACAACAGAUGUGUCUCGCCUGUUGUGGGAAUAUAAACUAAGAGCAAGUUUAAAGGACUCGCUUUGGAGGAUUUUGCCAAGCGGUUGCGGAUGGAGACUGUGCAUUAGUGGUCGUUAUGAUCCGGAGGCUGAUCACUCGUUUUCACAUAGACAGUGAUGACAAAUGCAAGAGGGAUGGAAGAAUUGUGAACUUGAAUGAGUGGAACCAAUUGCAAAUCACCACCAGUUGAAUAUCAGCAGCUGUAGGACUCUGGCUGGGCCUGAGGGCCAAAACCUUGUAAUAAAGAAAGGAAGAAAAGAAAAACAUCAGCCUUUAACCAGCACCUGCAAAGACUCCCCGGCCUCCUUCCCCAUGGCUUGACCUCCAUGCUGUGCUGUGCUGAAGAUCUUUCCCUGGAGCACAUGGAUUUCAAGACUUCAAAUGAAGAGACAAAGACUGGGAUUUAUUUGCUUCAAGAUGGUAGCGAGGAGCCUUUCAAUAUUCGUCUGCACCUGGCCAAAGAUAUUCUCACCAUUCAAGAGCAAGACGUCAUCUGUGUGUCUGGAGAACCGUUCUACUCGAGUGAAAGAACAGUAACGAUCCGUCGGCAGACAGUCGGAGGGUUUGGGUUGAGCAUCAAGGGUGGUGCUGAACACAAGAUUCCUGUUGUUAUAUCUAAAAUAUCAAAAGAACAGAAGACUGAACUUUCCGGACUUCUGUUUAUUGGAGAUGGAAUUCUCCAGAUAAACGGCAUUAACGUGAGGAGUUAUCGCCAUGAAGAAGUGGUGCAGGUUCUGCGAAACGCAGGUGAGGAAGUGACCCUGACUGUGUCUUUCCUGAAGAGGACGCCUGCAUUUCUCAAACUGCCACUGUGUGAAGACUGCUCAUGUACGUCUGGGUUUGGACACGCUACAUUCACCGGUAUACCAAGUGACCAGAGCAGUGGAACAUCGUCUCCAUUGUGUGACAGUGGCCUACAUCUGAACUACCAUCCCAACAACACGGACACAUUGUCUUGCUCGUCUUGGCCGAUGUCUCCAGGGUUGCGCUGGGACAAGAGAUGGGUGGAUCUUCGACUCAUCCCCCUCUUGCAUGCGCGUCUGUCCCAGUACGUCCCAGGUACUGACAUUUGCAGGCAAAAUGCCUUUCAAGUCAUUGCUGUGGAUGGGGUGUGCAGCGGGGUUAUUCAGUGCCCCAGUACUGACGAAUGCACCGACUGGCUGCAAGCAAUAGCUUCAAACAUUUCUGCCCUCACCAAGCACAACGUGAAGAAGAUCAACAGAAACUUCCCAGUAAACCAGCAGAUUAUAUCUAUGGGCUGGGUGGAUGAGAAGGAACAAGAUUCUGUUCAGGACCGAAUGUACACACCAAAGUUUCUUGCCUUGAGGGGCUCGUCUCUCUUCAAAUUCUCCGCACCUCCAGUCACCACCUGGGACUGGACCAGAGCCGAGAAAAGCUUCACCGGCUACGAGAUCAUGUUCAAGAUACUGAAGGGCAACGAGUUGGUGGACAAGCGUAAGCACUGCUUCAGCGUUCAGACGGACUCCGGCGAGGACAUCUUCUUCAGCGUGGAGCUGGAAUGUGAGCUGCUUCUGUGGGAGAAAGCCUUUCAGAUGGCCUCCUUCUUCGAAGUGGAACGAAUACAGUGUAAAACAUACGCUUGCAUUGUGGACAGUCAUCUCAUGGGUCUCACCAUCGAUUUCAGCAUGGGCUUCGUCUGCUUCGAUGCCGCCACAAAGGCAGUGCUGUGGAGAUACAAGUUCUCUCAGCUGAAAGGAUCAUCAGAUGACGGCAAGAGCAAAAUCAAGUUCCUGUUCCAGAAUCAAGACCCAAAACUUAUUGAAGCAAAGGAGCUGGAGUUCUCUAACCUCUUCGCAGUUCUCCACUGCAUCCACGCCUUCUUCGCCGCCAAAGUGGCUUGUCUGGAUCCCAUGUUCGUGAGCAGCCGAAACGCCGCCAUGGCCCCCGUGGUGUCGGCCACUUCCACCUUAACCGGCCCGUCACGGAUAUCCAAGCUCAAAUACACCAGCUGACAGACUCCAGCGUCGUAUCUUCUCCUUCAAGACUUUGAACACUUAGGAUGAGAGGAACCAACCCUGACAAACGAGUGGACGUCCACUUCAAAAUGAACCAUUCAAGUAUGUAACAUUGAAAACCUCACUAUAUCCUCCAGACGGGAAACGGACUCAAACGUAAGCCAUUAUGUGAAUGAGCUGGAUGAAUUUCGAACAUUUUAGAGUUAAGCUUCCAGCUGAAAAUGCUUCAGAUGCAGUUAGUGGGUCAUUAGAAAGAUGUACUCUUUCCCUUUGAUAUUGCAAUGCAUCUUGUUUGCGUUCAAAUGAUAUUAACACUUCUUUGUGUAUACUUUUAGAAUCUUAUUUAAUCUGGUUGUUGAUUGGAAUGAAGCUGUUGUGAAACUGCCAAGAAGUGCACCAUGUUCUUGAGCCUCUGUUGAUCUGCGUUUUCUCAAAUAGUCAAAAAGAAUAAAAUCAACUAUCUUAAAUAUACAUUUACAGAAACACAAAGCAAAUCCACAUAAAUUGAACAUCAAUUUUUAAAUCUGUACAAAAAGCUAUUAAAACGGUGCCGCAUCUGACUGCCUAGAGAAACAGACUGGAGAAUGUGGGUAUUUUCAUAUUGGAUGCAUUUUGAUACUUUAUUAAAGAAUGAAUCAUGUAACUGAAGAUGAACUGGAAUUGUAUGAAGUGACUGUAUGAUGCACAUUUCAGCUUUCUCAAAGGAACGACGUACUUGCUAAGCUAAUCAAUGAAGUGAUUAACUUUAUUGUUUUUAUUUGUAUCUUUUCGCCAAUAUCUAAGAUAAAUGUAUUGGUGCAUAAACUUUGGUCAUUUUUGCAAAGUACAAAAUAUGCCACCCAUUUAACCUGAUAAAGUCAACAUGAAAUGAUAACAGACCCUAUUUACUUAUACUUAUAAU